AUGGCUUCGGUGGACCUGAGCUCCGAAUCUGAGGAUGAUGAGGAGAUGGCGCAACCCCAUGGCGCAGGGAACGGCAGACGGCGGCAUCAACCUCACCGGGCAGGUCAUGGGCCGGACCACAAACUACAUUCUGACUCAACGCAGGACCAAGACUAUGUCGUAUGCGCCAUAUCAGAAAGCCGGUCAUCAGAUAUGGUCGGAGUCGCAAUCAUCAACGUCACACUAGGGCUGGUGGAUUUGGUAAGAAUCGUGAACGACGACAAAUAUCGUCGCUUGUUGGAGACAUUGUGGCGAAUACCCACGUCACCGCAAACCUUUCUGGUCUUGAAGAGGGUCGUGAGCCAAGGGGGCAAGUCAACCGUCACGAGAUCCAUCGAACAAGAAUUCCCCCUCGCAGAUAUCGUGCCCUUAGACAGAGAGCAUUGGAAUGAGUCAGAAGGAUUGAGGCUGGUGGAGCGUUUUGCUUGGAGGAGCCACGUCAAGGGAAUCCGCCAAGAAUUAAACCACAACUUUUAUGUGUCUUGCGCAUUUUCAGCGGCUAUGAGCUACAUAGAGGAGGAGGCCGAAGUGAUUUUCCGAGACAAUUCGUUGCGGAUCACGUACAAACAACCAGCAGACACCAUGGGGCUUGAUCGAUCGACCAUAACGUCUCUCGAGAUUUUCCAGAACAUUCGGAAUGCGAAGAAGAGUACCUCGACAUUAUUCGGGCUCCUCAACCACACGCUUACACCGCAGGGCCGCCGUAUGGUUCGGUCAGCGUUGUUGCAACCGAGCACAAACAGGGACAUUAUUACAAUGCGCCACGAAGCGGUGGAAGAGUUAUCAAGCAACGAAGACUUGUUCACCGAAGUUCGAUCUAGUCUCAAGCAGCUACUUCAUAUAGAUGUUGAGCGUUCCGUUCCUUGGGUUUCCACGAGGGAUGAAAAUGCCCGCAUUGCACUGCAAGAGGGGAUAUCCAUGGUUCAAGGUCGUCACCAGUUCAUCAUCCCAAGCCACGAGGAGUUACGAGGCGCAGAAAAAGAUCUGAAUCAGAUACUUAUGAUCAAGGCGUACCUGGGCGGCCUGCAGGCAGUUCGAGAGACUCUUGAAGUCGGGGCUUGCACGAGCGAGUUGUGUCAAUGGGUGUUGGAAAGGUUACAGGCCAGCAACACGGUAUCCCUGUCUAACCUCAUUGCAGAAGCGAUUGAGCAGGAUGCCGUUUACAGCAAAGCGCCGAUAGACAUAAGAAACAACCGGCUGUGGGCAAUUAAGGCAGAGCCGAAUAGCGUUCUGGAAGGUUCGCGGCAGCGGUUUCGAAACUGCACGGAUGAACUUCACCACUACGUGGAGGAGUUGUCCAAGGUCUUCCAAGAGCAAUUAGGUGCUACACCAGAACUGCGGCUCGGGAACGAUAACCACUACUACUUGCGAUUUCAAUGGACGGAUGUGGAAAGGGCCCUUAUCAGAGACCAGGCCACUAUGAAUAGCGGGCACUCUGGAGGAGUACAGCACUGGAUACCACGGCUUUUAGUUGGCAUUGAGAUUGUCAACGGGGUCCGACGGAAACACCAUUACGACUGCCAAACAUUGGAGCUCAUACAAAGAAGCAGUCAAAUUCAGCGCCACGCAGACAUUGUCACCACUCAAAGUGACGGGUAUGCUGUGGCGGUAAAGGCAGAACUCCUGGGCCACGCAGAAACACUUCUCGGCGUCGAUGAGGCCAUCGCAAUGUUGGACAUGGUGUGCUCUUUUGCGUACUUGGCGACCACCCAAAACUACGUGAGGCCACUAAUUUCGGAUGACUUAGUUCUGAAAGCGGCCCGGCAUCCCGUCAUGGAGGUCCGGAAGGAUAACUUUGUGCCGAACGACAUUUAUUUGGGGGACCAAGGCGCUCGGUUCCAGGUUGUCACUGGUGGUAACAUGAGCGGGAAAAGCACACUCAUCCGGUCCAUUGCCUUGAUCCAGAUCAUGGUACAGAUUGGAAGUUUUGUCCCUGCAACGUAUGCUGCAGUCCCCAUUUGUGAUCGCGUUUUUACCCGACUGUCAACCGAAGACAAGCCGGAAAGCAAUAUGGGCACAUUUGCCGUAGAAAUGAGCGAGAUGAACAUGAUACUUAGACAAGUUACCAAGCACAGCAUGGUAAUAAUUGACGAACUAGGACGUGGUACCUCGACCACCGAAGGCUUAGGCAUUGCGCUUUCGAUUUGCGAGGCGUUAGUCAAGGAAGAAUCUCGGGUCUUUUUUGCGACACAUUUCACAGAGAUUGCACGAGUUUUGAACGCCACCCAUCGAACCAGGGUGUCGAAUGUCCAUAUAGCGGGUGGAAUCAUUGAGGACGGUCCCCAUACGCAAAUAUCGUUGCCGCAUACGGUUGCCCCUGGGCCAGUGCGAAACGAAGACUACGGCUCAAACCUCGCCCGGCGUUUUCUUCCAGCCCGAGUUGUAAACAAUGCUGAGAAUGCUUGCAAAUUUCUUCGACUGCGACAUUUAAGCCGUGGGGCUGGACCAGCUACCCACGCGGGGAAGCAAAACAAACUAAUCCUCGCGCUCCCAGGCCUACUGAAGCAAGCGCAUGUCUCAACCAUGGAUGAUUCGGCACUAGCAUCAUACUUGAAGAAGCUGCAAACCGAGUUCACCAUCAGGAUGGAUGCCACGCAUGACGAAGCCGUACCGGACACUCUUCCGCACGGAGACACCGGCCAAGAUACUACCAUCCCCAUCUUGGAAAGGCCUAGUGAGGAGGAGGUCGAGGAAUGGAGGCAGAAGUGCGACUUUGCAGAAACAAGGGUAAUGCACGCCAACACGACCCAGGAGGAGAACCAAAACGUAACAGCGUCAUCGCCCGAUAGUGGGGCAAUGUACUCCCUCAAGAGUUCUGACUACAACUCGAUUCUUAACGACCACGCUGGAGGUGAGCUCAGUAGCCCCUUAACGCCGGUCAAUCGCAGCUCCAUGCUCGAGAAGAUACAGCAACAGUUGCGCAAGACCACGUGCACCCCCGCCACCACAUGGGCUGCAACGCCUAGUAGUAUGACAAGCGAGGCUUCAUAUUUACGAGCCGAGUCCCAUCGAGAGAAUAGGCCACCGUGA